UGCAUCAGACUUUUGAUUAUUUAUAGUCCUCUGCCUAAGGCUGCAACUUCUCAGUCUCACUUCUAUAGAAACAGUUCCUUGUUUGAGAUAUGUUCUAGUGUUAGCUGCCAACUGGGGCUGACUUCCCGGGAUGAGUUAUAGCAUGGGAUAUUUGAUGUAGCAAAUGCAGCUUAACCACGAGAGACAAGUGAGGGCAGAAUGUGUUUUGUAUUGUGCUGUGCUGCAGGUCAGACUGGGCUAAAACCAGUGAUAGCUCCAAACCUGAGAGCAAUGGUAGAAUUACUAACAUACAAAGAAAGGCAUGAAGAUAAGGGAAGGACAGAGAGAUAGAAAAGAAGUGUGGAAAAAGAAACAACCAAGAGGUGUUAAAAAGGAAGCCUACCAGCUGAGAAUUUGACAUGGGGAAGGAGGAGUGCAACUUCCUUUUCAGUUAAGUUCUCAUUUUAGUUUUCUCUCUCAGAAGUUUCCAUAGUGCCGGGGCUGAUUUCCUGGGCUAAGAAACUGAAGAUCUGUUCAGAGCAUUUCUGAGCUCUCCGGAAUUCUCAGGUUAUCACCAGUGCUUCCAGUGUCCAGCACAACCUUCUUUGACAGACAGAGGGUGAACGAGAAGAUGGGAAAGGCGCAGUAACUUACCAGUGUCUCCCUUGAGAACCAGGGACCUCAAAGGCUGACCUUUUAUGUGGCAAAACUAAGGACAAAGGGGCAGGGCCAGUGUUCACACUGUGAUUAAAUGGCAUCAGAAAUCACCUACGCUGAGGUGAAGUUCAAGAAUGCAUCCCCGGCUGCAGUGGUUGAAGUACCUCCUGAGACAAAGAAGCAUGAGUCCUGUCUCCAGAAAUACCCACAGUGGCUCCCGUGGCUGAUCUCGCUGCUGCUCCUCUUGGUGUGCAUUGCCCUCGUUAUUGCUCUCCUUGUUGCUCCCUUCUCCCGGAAGGGUGACCAGCCCUCAGCCCUGCAGCAGGCAUUCACGGAGUGGCGGUGCAUCUCAGCGGAGCCACAAGGCAAAGAGGGAGGCUGGACGUGCUGCCCAGAGGGCUGGAAGAACUUUCAACAAAGCUGCUACUAUAUCUCAGAUGAUACGAUGUCCUGGGCUGAGAGUGUGCAGAACUGCACUGGGAUGGGCUCCCAUCUGGUGGUGAUCAACAGCAAAGCAGAGCAGGUUUUCCUCUCCAUUUUUCUGGAACUGUCUUCAAUACGACCAAAUUUCUACAUUGGUCUGAGGGCAGAGAAGGUGGGCGAGUGGCACUGGGUGGACCAGACUCCAUUUAAUGUGUCAGCAGCGUUCUGGAGGAAAGGUGAACCAACUAAUACAGAUGCUGAGAAGUGCGUUGUAAUCCAUAUUCUUUCAGCACCAGCCUACAACUGGAAUGAUGUAAAAUGCGGGAAUUAUUAUCGAAUUUGUGAGGCUGCUGCAGUAACUGUGUGAUGGAGAUACCCUCACCCUGAGCAAAACUGAGAGACGAGCAGUGAGCUGGGAACAGUGCAGGGCUGUGUUGGGAGGGGUGGGGGCCCUGGAGCUGCAUCUUCACUGUGCUGGGUGGGACGAUGUGAGUGGAAGUGCUAUGACUCGUUGUCCAGCAUCCCCAGUGGAUGUAACGGCUCAGGGACCACAGGAAGGCUCAGGCUCAUCAAACAUGUCCUGGGCUCUUGUGUCCUCUACUCUCUGA